UGGUUUUUUGUUUUGACAUUCAAUAGGUCUCGCUGCCAACGAAACGGCUGCCUUCCUUCGUUUGGUAGGGAUGCGGAAGCGAAACAGCAUGGCUGUCUGCCAAUGUGUGUGUUCGUGUGUAUGCGUGUGUGUGUGAAUGUGAGAGCGUGCGUUCUCGUGUGUAUAAAUAGCCGAGCGAGCCGCUGGAUUCGCUAAGAUUGCGUGCUUCGCUUCAGAGAGACACCGCCAAGGUUCGCAGGGCAGUCGCUCGCAGUCGGCGCCCACAAAUAGGCAACGCAAAAUUUGGAAUUAUAAUUUGAGCAAUUUAUAGCCGAAUUGUCAUUUAGUUAAUUUUUUGUUGUCCUUUGGUGAAAGCAUGCCAGAACAAUAGCGCUGCAAUAUGGAGAUGUCGGGCUAUCAGGAUAUAAGCGCGCUCGAAAAAUCGGUGGCCAAUGCUGGUAGCCAGCUGUAUACGAUGGCACACAAGCUGCACGCCGUGGAGCGCAGCCUGGACCAAACGGCAAUGGAGCAGAUGGACGAAAUGGAAGUAAUGGAGCUGCUCGAGUCAAUGACCGAGGUGAAGAACGAGUACCAGAAUCUGCGCAAGGACAUACAGGAGGUGCAGCAAUUGCAGCGUGACGUCAGCACGUCCAUACGCUACCAAAUGACUAGCAUGCAGCAGACAUUCCAAAUGCUUAAGAAACGCAUUGCGACAACCCAGCAGCGGCGCCGCCAUCAACGGGAUCAGCUACAGGGCCCAACUACCGUUGCGGCCCAUCCCCAUUGAGGCAAGCAAAUUGUGUGACAAGUUUGGGUGUGUGUAGUGUAUUGUAGUGUAGUGUAGUGCUGUGCUGUGCUGUGCUGUGUAGUACUGUGUUGCUGUGGGGGCAGUAGCUAUUGACCUAUGCAGGCUAUUUAUGAACUUUGUAUUAUUUUUUUUUAUUGAUUUUGCUUGGGUUAGUUCAACUGAAAUCAAAAAGAAAAAGCAACCCUAUAUUAACACAUAUAUUUAGAAUUAAGUGAAAAUAUUCUGUGGAUUGGAAAGAGAGGGGGGGUGGGGUGGUGUGGGGUAACCUGUUGCAAUACAAACCUAAUGGCCUACACAAAUACAUAUUUACGUACGUUCAUGGAAAUCGUGUCAAAUUGUGGAUGUAUUCCUGAUAACUAACUGAUAACAUUUUUUUACUGUCAUAUGUCUAAGCAAUCAAACUUACAUACAACAAUAUAUCAGAGGCAACAGCUAAGCUUUUUUUUAUACACAAUACAAAUCGUAACAACUUGACAAA